UCCGGCUGCAAAUGCCACGUAUACUUAAACUGGUUUAUAUGUCCCAGUGCCUCACGGGCGGUUUAAUGCACCCGUUGCACGGAAUUGGUAAGCAGUCUGCAGUCGUGGAUACCGUGAAAGUGAUCACAGUACCGUGGAGGCGUUUAUUAAUGUUAUUCACGUCAUUCUUCCUCUAAAAUCGCAGCUGUAUCUUGCGUCCCCAUCGGCGAGGGAGAGCAAAGAUAUUGUGGUCAGUGAAUGAACAUUCCGGUGACCAUGGCAGAGCACCCUCCACUCGAAACAGCAGUAAUAAAUGAAGUCCCAUUUCUGCCUCAUAUGGUCAACGGGGAUAGUGGACAACAGGUAAUAUUGGUCCAGGUUAACCCGGGCGAGGCAUUCACAAUCAGAACAGAUGACGGUCACAUUCAGUGUAUUCCAGGUCCUGCUCAUGUUCCCAUGAUGUCACCAAAUGGCUCCAUGCCUCCAAUUUAUGUGCCUCCUGGUUAUGUUUCACAGGUCAUAGAAGAAAAUGGUGUUCGAAGGGUUGUUGUGUUGCCGCAUUCAGCAGAAUUCCAUCCCAGUAACCAUCCUAGUAUGCAUACCUCUCCAUCUCAUAUGCCGCAGUACAUGCACCAUCACCCUGCUUUGAUACCCCAUCCUCAAGUUUAUGCAGGAGUAACGGGAAUGGGGGAUAUUCCGCAGUUCAUUCCACAGCAAAGUCCACCAUCCCAUGUUUUUGCAGAUCAAGAAUCCUGCACACCACUUGGAAGGUCAAACUUCAACCAGAGAGAUGAAAGGACUGCUAAAGCACAUGAACGUUUGCAAAAAAGACUUAAGGAAAGACAAAUAGGGGGACAGAAAGACAAAUCUAUCAGCCCCCCAUCAUCUCCACAUAAAAAUCAUCCAAAUUCAUCCACAGAUGCACAAAACGGACAUGGAAAGGGACAAUCUACAUGUGGUGUCAGAGUCAUUGCAACAGAGCCUCUUAAAACAAAUCCUGAAACAGCAGGAAACGGCCCACAAGUCAGUGUAGAAGCUGGAGAUUUGGAUUUGGAAUCAAAGUUUAUACACGAUCUUCUUUCCAAUAUUGCUAGUCCUGUGGUAUCUGAAAUUAAAGGAAAAUCAGUUGUCUUGUCUUGGACUCCACCCUCAAGUUCAGUGGAUUUGGAUGAUAAUGUUGAUCAGUUACAAGUAGAUUGCACAUAUGAAGUUUCAAUAUCAAACACUGGCACAAGUGAGAAAUUCAAAGUGAUUUAUAUUGGCGAAGAAACAACAGUCACAAUAUCCGAACUGCGACCUGCCACAGAAUAUCAUGUUAGAGUUUCAGCAAUGUGUAACUCAGUAAAAGGAUUUGCUUCAGAGCCGACAAGCUUUACCACAGCAAUCAUUGAACCUGAUUGUCCAGCUCCACCAAAACUAACUAGUAGAACCAAAACCAGUCUGAGCUUGCAAUGGAAGGCGCCCAAUGAUGGAGGUUCUAAAAUCUCCAAUUACUUAUUGGAAUGGGAUGAGGGAAUGCAUAACUUUUUUAAGGAAUGCUACCAAGGACCUCAGAAGCUGUACAAGCUGACUAAAUUGUCACCAUCUGUGGGAUAUACCUUCAGGCUUGCUGCGAAAAAUGAUAUUGGAUUAAGUGAAUUCAGUGAAACAGUUUGCUAUUACACAGUGGGAAGUGUUCCCACUGUCCCAGCUUCUCCUCGGCUUAUUCACGCAGGUGUUACUUGGAUGGCACUGGAAUGGAGUCGACCUAGUGGUGUUUCAGAUGAUGAAUCCAUUACAUAUAUCCUGGAGAUGGAAGAUGAAAGUUCGGGCUAUGGAUAUAUGGUAAAAUACAAUGGAGAGGAGCUUGCUUGCACUUUAAAAUAUCUUACACGGAAUACCUCUUACAAUUGCAGGAUCUUUGCCUGUAAUAGCGAAGGCAAAAGUAACCCAAGUGAAGCUGUCAAAUAUUGCACGUGCCCCAAUAAACCUGGACCACCCAGUAAACCAAGUGUAAAGGGGAAAGUUCAUGCACACAGUUUCAAGGUUGUAUGGGACCCACCAAAAGAUAACGGAGGGUCAGAAAUCACUAAGUAUGUACUGGAGCUCUCUGGACUGAAUGAGGAAAGUGCUGUGUCACUACAGUUUUUGCAACUUUUCACAGCAUGUACCAUCUUUGAUCAAAGGAACAAAAAUGAAUGGGAUAUUGUAUACAGUGGAACAAUCAGAGAGCAUGUGUGUGACCAUCUAAAUCCAGGGGUACAAUACAAAGUAAGGGUUUACUGCAUUAAUGCGGGAGGACAAAGCCAGGCAUCCGAAAUAUUAACUGUGCAAUCUGCUGCAGUUCCUCCUGGACCCUGUAGCAGUGUUCAGCAGUCUGGUAAAUCUAAAGCAAAAGAAGUAUCUAUACGAUGGGUGCCACCUUCUGUUACUGGUGGCUCUGCAGUCACAGAAUAUACUGUAGAGAUUGGAGAGCUGGGAUCAAAUGAUCAGAGAUCUGUCUACCAAGGCGCAGAACUGGAGUGUACAGUAGGUGGUCUUCUGCCAGGAAAAAUGUACAGUUUUUGGGUGAAGGCUGCAAACAAAGUUGGGUAUGGUCCAUACUCAGAGAGGACUGAUAUCUCCACAGCAACAGCCCCGCCCGAUCAAUGCAGCAUACCUAUGGCCACGUGUAAAACAGCCACCUGUGUGCAGGUGAAUUGGGAGUGCCCUCCCUCCAAUGGCUCAGAAGUCACAGAGUUCAGAUUAGAAUUUGGAGCUGUGGAAGACUGCAUGCAGGUUAUUUACUGUGGUCCUGCACAAAGUUAUGAAGUGAAAGGUCUUAAACCUGCCACAGCAUACUACUGCAGGGUUCAGGCUGUGAAUGCUGCAGGUGCUGGGUGCUACAGUGAUACCAUCAUAUGUAUGACUCCUGCCUCAGUGCCGGCUGCAGUGAGUGUACUGCAAGUGAUUGAUCAAGACCAGCUCGAAGGUGCCCCUCCGUCACCGGCAACUUGCCUUGCAAUUCAGUGGGAAGAACCGUGCUGCCACGGAUCGGAAGUCACUGGUUACAACCUGGAAUAUGGAGGUAAACAGCUCGUAGCUGUUAGCACAACCACAAGUGCCAUUAUUGAAGAUCUUCAACCAGAUACAACAUACAGGAUCCGUGUGCAGGCUAUCAAUGGUAUUGGAGCAGGCCCUUUUAGUCAUUCCAUUAAAACCAAAACAAAACCAUUACCUCCUGACCCACCUCGCCUCGAGUGUACUGUAUUCAGCCACCAGAGCCUUAAACUAAAGUGGGGAGAUGGGCUCAACAAAGCUUUGACCACUGAACCAACACAAUACACCUUGCAAAUGGAGGACAAAUUUGGAAGGUUCAUUUCUAUCUAUAGUGGACCUUGUCAUACAUAUAAAAUCCAAAGAUUGAAUGAAUCAUCAGCUUACAACUUCAAAAUUCAAGCAAUUAAUGAUGGUGGAGAAGGACCAUUUUCUGAAGUGUACACUUUUGUCACAACCAGAUGUCCUCCUCCUGUACUUAAAGCUCCCAAGGUACAAAUAGUGGAAGAGCAUACUUGUGAAAUAACAUGGGAAGCACUACAACCAAUAAAAGGGGAUGCAAUUAUUUACACACUUCAGCUUAUUACUGGGAGACAAACUGAGCAGGUGUACAAGGGUCCCAUGACUUCAUUUUGCCUUGCCAAUGUUCAGACAAACUGUGAAUACAAGUUCAGGGUCUGUGCUGGUCGCCAGUACCAAGAUGCCACUGGAGUGCAAGAACUGUGUGGGCCUUACAGUCCCACUGUAUCAUUCUCAUUUCAGAAAGAAGCAACCUCAAAUCAAUCUGAAACUACGACUGAGCUUACAAAGCUUCACAAGAAAACGCUAAGUGAUGAACAUUUUGCUGCCCUGAUUGUUAUAGGAUUUGCAAUACUUUCCAUUUUGUUUGCUUUCAUCAUUCAGUAUUUUGUAAUUAAGUAGCGAUUGAAAAAGACACGAAUGGCUGUGAUUGGCUCAUUUUAGAUCAAUGACUCCAGCUUUUUUUUCUUAGUUCAUUGUUGAAAUGAUAGAUGGGAAUGAUUUUAGAUGAAAAACAGGUUUUACUGCUGCUGACAGAAUCUUGAGUUUGUGUUAACCAAAGUCUUGAGUGCACACGAAGCAAAAUUCCCAUAAGGAGGCCCUUCUGAAGCUUCUGAAUUCAGCAACAGUUUUCCUCUUAGCAUUUUAUUCCAUCAUGCCAGUGAAGGACAAAUGUUUUGUAUAAAGGCCUUUCUGAAGGCUGUUGUGGUAGCUACAAACUUAUAGCAGACGUGUAUUAAGACAAUUAAUGUUUUGUACAGUCUGAACAGAGAUGUAUUAAUCUUGACUUCAGGUGCCCCACAAACUAGUUUAGUGGCAGAUUUCAUUGCAAAGAAAUAAAGCAUAACCACUGGUUGUAAAUAAAAUGUAUAUUCAAACAAAAAUUUGGAGAAAAACUUCUGAUUACAUUUAAUUUUGGGGAAAAAAUGGCUCCUUGAAUUGCAUGAACUCCAGAUUGAAACUCCAGAUUUAUAUUUUUUUUUCUCUCAGUCCAUGAAGGUAAUUGAGGACCACAGUGUUUCCAGCAAAGUGCCUUGCUUUGUGGAAAAGCAUAAAGUUAAAAAAGUCUCUGAUUGUAACAAUGUAAUUUAAAUAUUGCUGGUCCUAAAGUUUGAAUGAAUGAACUUUUAAUUUGUCUUGCUUUGUGGUAUUCCCCCAUAAGAAAAUAUACAUAAAUAUGGCAAAUUGAAAAUGGCAGAUUCCCCCUUAAGAGAGGCAAGGAGAGAAGUAUGGCCUUGGGUAUUGUGAAUCUCAAAACUAACCAGGAAUUAUAGUAUUGUUUUGCUGAACUUAAUUUUCAAAAGUGUUUGUUUAUUCAUUUUCAUAUAGAGUGGAUUCCAGUUAAUUGGGACGCAUACAGACCAGUACAUCUUGGCCCAAUUAAAUGGCUGUCUCAAUUAGCUGAAAUUUCAUGGAAAUAGUUUAGACAAACUACCAUUUAACUGAGUAACAAUUAAUGUAUUUAAAUGAAAUACAGAACAAAUUCAAACACUACAUAAUCUACUGCAAUUCUAUAAAACUCUGUAUUAAUUCCUAAUAAUUAUCAGCAAUGGAAUGAAUCUGAUGUAUGCUGUAGUGUUCUUUUGAUUGACUGAAAAUGAACACAAUCAGCAUAGAUACCUACUGCAGAUAGCAGACUGCUUUCAAACAAUGCUUUAGACGAUUGCAUCUUGCAAAUCUAAUUUUCACUGUUGCAUUGAAGAUAAUUGUCAAUACCUUCAAAUGCUUUGUAGUUCCCGACCUGUUGAAGUGGUGAAAUUGUUUCAUUUUCACUCCAGGCCAUUUCUGGCAUCUCUAAGCCUGAAUGCUUGUAACUGCAGUGAGAAAAGCAAUUCUGAAUUGUCUUACUGCUUAUUACUCACCAACUAUCUGUAACAAAACUCAGUACUUUUUGGACACAAACACACUCUAGCUUUUUUCAAAAAUCUUUGCUGUAAGCACAAUGUAGUGUCUAACAACCACACGAUGUGCAUGUGACUGGCGCUAGUUAGAAAGUGUUCGGCAGCAGUCUCCUGUACCAAUUAAAUGGCAUAGUGUCCCAAAUAAACAAAGGGAAUCCCAGCUAUUUUCUUGAUUUUGUUUUUGUCCUUUAAGAGUUGUCCCAAAUAAGCAGCAGUCCCAAUUAACCAAUGGCCCAAUUAACUGGAAUUCACUGUAUUUAGUUAUCUUCAGAAUGACAGAAUUACAUUCCAUUACUUUUCCAUCAGAGAUGGCACCAUUUGGUUUUUAAUGCUAUGCAUUUGGAAGAGAUCUGUUUUUAAAUUUUUAUUUUCAAUGAACAUAGUACUUCAUGAAAAAGUCAUUCUGUGCUCAAAGUCAAGUGUCCCAGGGAUUUUCAUUUAUUGUGCAAUUCUGGAAUUUACUCUCUGAAUAUAUAUGUAUAUCUUCCAGUUUAUAUUUUAUUUAUUGUAAUUAAAAGUCCAGGAAAUUCAUUGUAUGAAUGUAUGUAUCAUAUUAACUUGAAUUUUUAAUAUAGUGGAAGUUGAGCAUUUUCCCUGUUAAUGAAAAUAUUUUCUUAUUAAGAUAAUGUUAAAAUGACAUGUUUAAUUACCCCAAGGAACAGUUUGCAUGGCAUUCCAAGAUCAACUUUUAUUUUCGGUUCCAGUUUUUUAAAUUCCCUAAAAGAACUUCAGCAUGCAGUUAAACUAAAUAUCAGCAAUAGGAUAUUUUGUUGAAUUUUUGCCAAAGUUUUUUAAAAUUAUUUCAACAAAUUUAAAUCACUAUGGCAGUAAUGGGCUGAUUUAUAGUCUUUCCUAGACUUCGGCUUUGUAGACUGGAGUAUUUUCAUGAAACAUAUAGUGCCCAAAUAUGGAUAUUAAGUAUAAUGAGUAGGCGUUGUAUAAAUAAUUAAAAGUAACAGUGAGAAGGUUUACUCACUACAAUAUAUUGUACAGGUUUAGUAUAAUUUGUUGCAUAGUUUUUAAUAUGAAAUGUACAUUCCAAAUAUAACUUGGAUUGCAUUAAUAUACUAAAUAUUGCUUUUAACUUUGUAUUGUAUUGAAUGGAAUCAUUCGCAGGUUCAUAUGAAAGUCGUCAUUCCUAUGUAUAACUAAACUGUAACUAUCAAAUAGAUAAUAUAUUUAAUAACUGCUAAUAAAAUG